AUGACCGUCAACGUCAUUUCCCUCAGAUCGCUCGACGCAGCCUGCAUCAAUAAUUUCACCGCAGACUUGACCACUGAUGAGCGCCGGUUAUUCGACACUUCGGUUGCCGCCAAGACAUUGAUAGAAGAGCUCAAGGCCAUUGGUGCUACCCACAAGCAGCAGUCAAAGUCACGCCGAGUUGGCGAAGCCCUGAUCCCCUUCAUCAAUGGCCUCGAAACCUACGGCGAUGGUCUCAGCAUCCUUGCCAAUGGCAGCGACAUUCUUUGCCCAUUAUGGGGCAGUCUCCGCAUCGUCCUAGACCUGGCCCGCGAGUUUGGCGAGUAUUUUGAGAAGUUGGCCCUGAUGUUGGAAAACAUUGGGACCAUUCUCAGCCGCCUCGAACGCUACCCGACAUUAUACCCAGAUAACGAGAAUAUCAAGGCGCCUAUGGUCGACAUUUACAUCGCCAUCUUCGAGUUCUGUGUCCGAGCCAAACAAAUCUUCCGCGUGGGCAAGGAAAAAUGCCAGGGCAUCAAGAGGUUGACGCAAGCGGUUGGCUUGGCCACUGCAUUGAGGGUUCUCUGGAAGCCAUUCAGUGUCGACUUUGACGGUAUCAAAGACCGCAUAUCCAAGAAUGUGGAGGCUGUCGAGUCCGAGGCUGGGUUGGCCGAGAAAGAGCUGGCUAGCAAGGAACGAACUUUGGCCGGCGAACGUUGGGCAAAGGCUGAACGAAGUCAGAGGUUGAUUGCAAACUACGUCGACGCAGAGAGCACAGCCAAAGUGCAUGAGUGGCUGGCCCCGGCCAAUGUCGCUACAAAUCACAAGGCGGCAACAAGUCUUCGUCAUGCAAGCUCUGGUACCUGGUUUCUGCACGGCCAUCAGUUUCAACGGUGGCUCAGAGAGGACAACAGCUUUCUGUGGCUGCACGCCAUUCCCGGAGCGGGCAAAACCAUCCUAUCAUCGAGCAUCAUCAACUACCUGCAAGAAAAGGUGCAGGACCAAAACACCGGGCUCGCUUACUUCUACUGCGAUUACAAAGACUCGCAGAAACAGGACCCAGCCAAGAUUCUCAGCACAAUCCUGGCCAUGUUGGCAAAACAGAACAGCGGAGUCUUCGAAACCCUCCAAGACUUCUUUCUUGAGCAGCUUAGACUGGCACCUACAUUUACGGCCGAGUUUGACGAGCUUCUUGCAGACUUUAACACUUUUAUGAGUGACCACUUCGAGACAGUCAUCAUUGUCAUCGAUGCCUUGGACGAGACCAGUCCUUCGUCAUGGGAGACUCUCACCGACGCAUUACGGAGCCUCCAUGAGCAGUGCCCCAGGUUGAAGAUUCUAGUAACAAGUCGGAACGAGCUCCCAAUUGCGCGGGCAUUUCAGGGCCUGCCAGCCACGUCCAUCGAGCAGUCUGAUGUCGCAGACGACAUUCAAAACUUUGUGGAGGGAGAAGUUGCAUCAAGGAUCAAGCAAAGGAAAUUGAAACUGAGGCAUCCAGAGUUGCAAAGCGUUAUUGUGGAGAGCCUGGUGACCGGAUCAAAAGGCAUGUUUCAAUGGGUGCGGUGCCAGAUCGAUGCCUUGUGCAAGUUGCGAAACGACAAAGCUAUCCGCUCUGCUCUGACCAACCUCCCGCGCACGCUGCAGGAAACAUACAUCCGGAUUCUUCAGCGUAUAGAAGACGAACACCCGGAGGAUGUGGAGAUUGUUCGGAAAAUACUUGCUUGGUUGGUACGCGGCAUCAGAAACCUCUCACUUGAGGAGCUGGCCGAAGCGAUCUCGAUUGAGCCAGACAAUGGAGAGGAGUCCAUGGAUUUUAAUGCCGUGGACACCGACCCCGAGGACAUGCUUGAGUUGUUGGGUGGCUUGGUCACUGUAUCACCAGACAGGUUUGUGUCCUUGGCACAUUUCUCGGUGAAGGAGUUUCUGGUAUCAGAAGACAUAUGCAAGACUAAACCUCUAUUCUGUGUUGCCAAGUACGAGACCGAGUCGACUUUGGCAUCUGUGUGCCUGACAUAUCUUUGCUACGACGAUUUCGCAAAGCCAUUAUCGCCUGACUCCGACCAGCUCCAGGGGUACAAGUUUUUGUCUUAUGCUGCCAGCGCCUGGGGUUUGCAUGCCAAGUACAGCGAGCAAGACGACGAACCGGACGAAGAUGUCUUGGAUCUGACGAUGCGAUUCUUCCACUUGACAAAUGGCUCACGCAGGAAUUUUGUGACCUGGGAACAGUACCAGCACCGUGCAAAAUCUGACAAAGCGCUCUCUGGCGUGUCAUCAAGGACACCGUUGGCCUAUGCGGCUUGGUAUGGUCUGGCCGGCGCGGCACAGCAACUUCUGGAGGCUGGGGUUGAAGCUGAACAAUUGCUUGGGCCAUUCAAAGCUGCGGUUUCUCGUGGACACGCUGGCGUUGUCAAGGUCAUUCUGAAGUUUGCAACGGCCUCGGUAGACGAGCUACAAGCGAACGGCCCGGUACCGCACCCAGCAGAAAAGAUGGCUGAGCUUGACCUUGGCGAAGCACUUUACGAUGCAGCAGCUAUGGGUCAUGCCGCUGUUGUCGAGGUUCUUCUGCAACAAAACAUCGACCUAGAUGCUAGACGACGAAAGGACCGGAGCCCACUUCAAGCAGCAGCCCUUGCAGGGCAUGCCGACGUCGUCCGCUUACUUCUCGACAAAGGAGCCAAGCACGCCAUCCCCUGUAAACGGUAUGGAACUCCACUGGCUGCCGCUGCUGAGAAGGGCCAUCGGAAGGUUGUUGAGGUUUUGUUACAAGCUGGUGCAAACCCAUGUGGACAGGGAGGCUUGUAUUCCUCGCCUCUCACAUCAGCCAUCGCUGGCAAGAACGUCCAGAUUGUUCAGCUGAUACUGGAGCAUCUUAAUGGUGUAAAGGUCAGCAGCCCAGCUCGCAGGAACACUGGACCCCUCGCCAUGGCUGCCUCCAACGGUAUGGAUGAGUGCAUCGAGAACUUGGUCGAGUUAGGCUACCCAGUCGAGGACUGCGGUGCUCUGUACCAAGCGUGCUGCGCAGGAAAUAUCAGUACUAUCAACCUGUUGCUGGGUCUUGGGGCAGAUGUUAAUGAAUGGUCGACCUGCAAAUAUGGCAGUGCCAUACACGUAGCCAGCUUCAGGGGGCAUCUGGGGGUUUUGCAGCGACUCAUCAGUGCUGGGGCGGACCUCAGCGUAACCCAUCCAGAGUACGGCAGCCCCCUCGAGCUGGCAGCGUAUGGUGGUCAUGUCGACUGCGUCAGAUUGCUUGCCAAAGCGGGUAUCGACAUCAACACUGGCGACAAUGAAGCCACGGCGGUUGUCCGUGCUGCGGCCAACGGCCACAACGCCGUGAUCGAGGCUCUCUACGAUCUCGGUCUAGAAAAGGGGGCCACAACAGAUGCGGGAAAUGCUCUUGUGACUGCAGCAUAUUUCGGACAUUCAGAUACGGUGGCCUUUCUCGCGGAACAAGGGGUGGAUCUGGCUCUGCUCGGUACAGUUCUUAACAAGCCCAUCUCGUGCACACCGCUGGAAGCUGCUGCCUCGAAUGGUAAAAUGCACGUGGUCAAGCAGUUGCUUCAACUGGGGGCGAGUCCAAGCGAAACCAACAACGGUCGAUACGGUGCUCCCCUCUCUGCUGCUCUCAAUGCCAAGUCCAUCUGUGAAGAUAUCGUCACGGCUCUAUUGGAUGCGGGAGCGGAUCCAAGCGUCGUGACCGACGAGGAAAGUGGAAGCCACGGGUUUCCACUCCUUUUCGCCGUGAAGCGUGACAGACUUAAUCUGGUCAAGAUUCUGGUGGAACGCGGGGCUGAUGUGAAUCUCAAAGCUGGCUUGCUCAUCACCGCUCUCCAGGCGGCGGUCGAGCUGGAGAGUGAUGCCAUCUUCAACUUCCUGCUUGAGGCUGGAGCAGAUGUCAAUCUUGCUAGCGAUUAUUCAGAUCUCACCGGGAGUAUUGACGAUGGGCUUGAUAAGGGGCCCAUCACAGCCCUGCAGUCUGCUGCUUGGCAUGGGAAGGAUGACCUAAUUACGAGGCUCGUCGGGGCUGGGGCUCAUCUUUCGGUGGAUUUGGGACAAGACACGCCAAAGCCUCCUUUCAAAUCGGCACUCCAGGUAGCAUCACUUCGUGGUCACUCCACCACCGUUGACCUACUCCUCAAACUAGGGAGCGACGCCAACGAAAAGGGUGGCAUUUUCACCACGGCCCUGAUGGCCGCGUGCUCCCAAGGUCAUCUUGAAGUGGUGCGAAGCCUCCUUGCGGCUGGGGCAACCACCGAAGUCAUCAAGGGUUCCUGGUACACCAGUCCGUUGCUGGCUGCGCUCCGCCAUGACGGAGUGGACGUGGAGCUUAUCAAACUUCUGGUUGAGCAUGGUGCAAAUGUCAAUGAAAGAGCCGGCGGUUGGGGUUACCCGCUUCCCUGCGCCGUGGGCUUCCAGUCUGAUGAUAAAGUGGCUCUGUACCUUAUUGAACAAGGUGCCGAUGUCAAUGCUGUGGGCGGAGUAUGGGGCACUGCUCUUCAGGUCGCCGCAUAUCACUACGACGACGAGAAGUUGGAAACCUUGCUUGACAAGGGCGCCGAUCCAAACAUACAAGGUGGGCAAUACGGCACUGCUUUGCAAGCAGCAUACAGCCGGGGCGCCUACGUCAUCAUCAGGAUCCUGUAUAGGCAUGGCGCUCGGAAUGAUCUCCUUGGGGGUAUGUUUGGGUGUGCUGGCGGCGCGGCAGUUGGAUAUCCCGGUAAGGAUGAUUCCUGGGGAUCCUGCUCGACGCUGCUCCAUCAGAUGAUCAACUACCACGACUUUGACGUCAACCUUGCCUAUGGACGCUUCGGCAAUGGACUGCAGCACUGUGUCUGGAUGGAGCGCGAAGAUGAGCAGUACUUUGUCGAGGCUGGAGCCGAAGUCAACAAAGUAGCUGGUCAUUAUGGCACCGCUCUCAACGCCGCGGCUGUCACCUAUCAGGAGGGCACAUUUGACUACCUGAUGGAGAAGGGUGCCGACGCAAAGCUGGGUAACGAACUGUACCCAAACGCGCUAUUCGCUGCCGUCGAGAGCAUCGAUAAGGGGCAAAAGAUCUUUGACAAGGUGAUGAAGCUGGGGGUUGAUCUGAACGAACCCGUUUCGACGGUCCGUGGUACCGCGCUCCAGGCCGCGGCGCUUCGGAAUUCGUGGUACGCUGUCAGGAAGCUGGUCAAGGCUGGGGCCGAGGUGAACCCGGGUCGCGCUUCUGGACGGUGGGGCACACCGCUGAUAGCGUCCGUGUCGCAAGGGGAGCCGGAGAGUUGGCGUCUCCUCCUCAGGAAGGGGGCAGACGUCUGCACCAAGGCAGGGCACUUAGGCACGGCUCUCCACGCGGCUAUUCUUCAUGGCAAGGUCGAGGCGGUGGAUCUACUUCUGGGGAGAGGUGCGGAUCCCAACGCCAGGGGGGGGAGAUACGGGACGCCGCUGCAGGCUGCUUGUGCGUCUAGGGCUUCGAAGUGGGUUAUUGCCAUGCUGCUUAACCGUGGGGCUAAGAUUGAUGCCACGGGGGGGAAAUACCACACUGCUUUGCAGGCGGCCUGUCAGACGGGGGAGCUAGAGACGGUGGAAAUGCUGGUGAGCAGAGGGGCGGAUGUGAACUUGAGGGGUGGGUGGUUUUUCAGUCCAUUGUAUGCUGCUGUUUUUGUAGGUCAUUGGGAGAUUGUGAGGUAUUUGCUCAGAAACGGAGCUACGUGGGAGGAGGUUGAUGUUCAGAGGAUGAAGGGGCACCAUGCGGGCUAUUGGGCUGAUUGGGUGAGGGAUAGUGUGGAGGAUGGGAAGAAGAAGGGUGCGGAGGAUGGGGAGGAGGAUGAGCAUGAGGAGGAGGAUGACGAGGCGGAGGAAGAGGAAGACGAGGAUUUCGUGGCGGAUAAUGUCGAGUCUAUACCUGAGUUUGAUCAGCCUUGGAAACGGAUGUCGAAGUGGGGGGUUGUUAAGAAUCGGAUUGCGUUGAAGGUUGGGCUUUUGGAGAAGGCGGUGGCCGAAGUUGAGGUUAAGGAGGGUUCGGGGUCAAGUGACGAGGAGGAAGUCAUCGAUCCGGUUUUUCAGGAGGAGUUGCUUUGGGUUGGUGAAGAUCUGUUGGAGUAGGAUCGAGUAAGUGGUGGGUCAUUGGAUAACGGAAUGGAAUUGGAUACGUUCCAUCUUGGUGGAUCUGAAACCGACCCUGAGAUUCGUAGGUUGACUGCGGAGAGUGCAGUCGCGGGGAAGGAUUCGCUAUGUCGAAGAUCACAUCGAACGAACCAGGGGGAAAGCGGGGGGCAACUGGUAGUUUUGUUGACCUUUUUCACGAGUUGGAAAGGAGUCGAAGAACCUAAGACAGGCUGAUGAUCAGGAGGAAGUUUGUAGCCUGCCAAACCACAAGUGAAAUUCAAGCAAGAACAUGAGUUCUCCCAUGUGGUGUAAUUGGCAGCGCGUAGGUUGCUCGCACUCAGCGUAUCCCUCAUAUCCAUGUAGAGAUCUUAUUGGUUCUUACUAGUGCCUGCAACUAAUGAGGUCCUCAGUUCGAGGCGUGGUCAUGUUCUUC